CCCUCCCCUCCCCUCCACGCAACGAUCUCCCCCCAAAAAGUUUUGACCGGAAAAAAACAAACACAGGCAGCGGAUGCCGAGCCAGUGAAUCCAGGUGACGUUCAUGCAUUUUGAAGUCAUCCGCAAGUAAGAAGAGGGUGUUGGGAGUUGAAGUCUCUUACUGCUAAUGAUGUCUUCCAUGGGAGCAACGCCUCCCUUCGACCCACCGUCCGAGGAGGAGGAAGCGAUGGGUCAGGACAACGCAGCCUGGACCGGCGACGAGCGAGAGGGCCCGAAGGAGACGGCGUCUCCCCCUUCGCACGACCGACCCCACCCGGACAAGCUGCAGCCAAUCAGGGAGAAGCUGACGGACGCCGGGUGGGAGAACGUGGUGCCUGCUGCGACGGACAACGAGAUCAAUAAAGGCUGCUCCGUCUACUCCUACCGGACUAACUCCACCUCUCCGCCCAAGCCGGAGGAGGGCUCCAGGGAGCCGGCCGUCGGCCUCGUCUUCGGGACGCCGGAGCGCCGCAAAGGGAGCCUGGCGGACGUGGUGGACACGCUGAAGCAGAAGAAACUGGUGGAGCUGACCAAGACGGAGCAAGACGCCACAGCCUGCGGGCCUCGACUGCAGGCCUGGCGGUUCUGGCGGCGGGCCAGCCGGCAUAUGCCCGUCGGUUUUGCCGGUUCCGCCCUCUCCCUGCAGCAGCUGUAUGCCGCCCAGCUGGCCACCAUGCAGAUGUCCCCGGGAGCCAAGAUGGCGUCCCUCCCGCAGGCUCCCAACUCCUCCGGUCCCCUCUCCCCCUCCGCCGUGAAGAGCGAGAAGCGAGCAUCCAGCCCCGUGGCUCACAUCAAGGAGGAAGCGUCCACGCAGCCGCUGAACCUCUCGGCCCGACCCAAGACGGCCGAGCCGCUGCGGCCCACGACGUCCCCGACGCACGGCCUCUUCUCCGGGAGCAAGUCCAGCCCGACGGGCGGGGGCAAGGCCCGCAUCCCGAGCCCCCUCGGCAGCAUGGGCCGGAACGCCUCCCUGGACAUCCUGUCCAGCCUCAACUCCACGGCGCUCUUUGGGGACCAGGACGCCGUGAUGAAGGCCAUCCAGGAGGCCCGGAGCAUGAGGGAGCAGAUCCAGAGGGAGCAGCUCCACCACCACCAGCAGCACCAGCAGCACCAGCAGCACCAGCAGCACCAGCAGCACCAGCAGCACCAGCAGCACCACAGCCUGGAGGCCAAGCUGUCCGCCCUCAGCGGCAUGACCCUCAACAACGGCAACAAGGAGCGGCUGCACUACGAGACGCUGAGUCAGCACCUGGGGAAGCUCGGGGAGGACGCCGGCAAGAUGGUCCAUCGGGUCAUCGAUCUGACGAGACCGGAGGAUCUGGACGGGAGCAGCAUCACGGAGGCGCGGGUGUUCAGGGAGGCGCGGGGCCGGAACAACGCCGAGCCGCACAUCAAGAGGCCCAUGAACGCCUUCAUGGUGUGGGCCAAAGACGAGAGGAGGAAGAUCCUGCAGACGUUCCCCGACAUGCACAACUCCAACAUCAGCAAGAUCCUCGGCUCUCGCUGGAAGGGCAUGACCAACCAGGAGAAGCAGCCGUACUACGAGGAGCAGGCCCACCUGAGCAAGAUCCACCUGGAGAAGUAUCCCAACUACAAGUACAAGCCGCGGCCCAAGAGGACCUGCAUCAUCGACGGCAAGAAGCUGCGCAUCGGGGAGUACAAGCAGAUGAUGCGCUCACGGCGCCAGGAGAUGAGGCAGUUCUUUGUGGGGCCUCAGCCCCCGAUGCCUCUCGGCAACAGCCCCGGCGGAGUAGGCGUUUACCCGGGCGGCAUCACCAUGGCGACGGCCACCACGUCCCCACACCUGACCUCAGACUGCUCCAGCAACUCGGCCAGCCCCGAACCCGCCAUCCCCGUCAUUCAGAGCACGUACGGGAUGAAGUCCGAGCCCGGCGGCGGAGCCCUGGGCCUGCCGAGCGGCCCCGGCGCCAACGGAGACGGCGACACGGACAUGUACGAGGACUUUGAGGACGAGCCCAAGUCAGACUAUAGCAGCGACCGCGAGACGCGGGAGGCCGUCAGCGCCAACUGAGCGCGCUCAGGGGGUCGGUUGUAAGAAAAGAAAAAAGAGAACGAGAAGAGGAAGAGGAAGAGGAAGAGGAAGGAGACAUAAAAAGAAAGCUCCUGUUAUACUCAGAGACACUUUUUAAAAACACAGUUUAUUAUAGAGACCUUAUCAGGACGCGUGGCGCCGUGCGCCGAGCGCGCCCCCGGACCGGGUCCCAAACCCAGCGGACACGCUCAGGAGGUUCCCCCGGACGGCGGCUCGGUGGACGUCCGCUUUGAAGAAUCGGGCCGACGGAAACGGAUCGGAAACAAACCGGGAGCAGACAUCCAGACGACGACCUUCAGGUUCCUCCCACGAUGACAAUCUCCAACGGGAGCCAAUGAGAGGAGAGGAUGAGGACGACCGCGUGACCGCGCGUAAGCGUGGAUUGUGGAACAUCAGGAAUUGGUCUUCAACAGCUAUUUGGUCUUAAUGUUUAAGGAGUGAUUUUUGUUUUGUUUUUAUCAUUGUGUAUUUACUUUUUAUUUUGUCGUGUUUUUUUUUUGUUUCCUCAUUGUUGUUUUUGUUUUUUUGUUCUUUAGACUUUUAUUCUGACGGGUCGCCGCUGCCUGUACGAACUCUGGACUGUCGGAACUUGAAAUUUGAAAAAAAAAAAAGGUUUUAAUAUCAAUCCUAGCUAUUGUAAUCUUAUAGUCUUACUUUUUGUUUCUUACGGAUACAGUGCAUUGACAUCUUGUUUUUUCUGACAAACUGCUUACAUUACAUUACUGUUUUUUUUUUUUUUUAUAUCCCAGCUCAGGUAUGAUGUGCCAGCUUGUGAAUGUGUUUUGUUUUUGUUUGUUUGUUUUCAUACGGAAAGAGUGGUAGGACUUUUCAGACUGUCAAUGAAAUAAAGGGAGCACAAUCCCUUA